CAAGUUCUUUGCAGGCACUUUCUGAAAAGCUCCUCUUUCUGUAUUUCCUGAUUGGCUGCCUCUUCCCACACCCAGACUUCUACCUUCACUCUGUGAGUUCAGCCCAGACAGAGUCGACAUGAAGACAGCCACAGUCUUGGUUCUGGUGACUUUGAUCACCGUGGGUAUGAACAUUGCCUGCGCUCUGUCUUCUUCCAAAACAACACAAAAACCUGGAGCUUGUCCCGAGCUGCCCCCCAACAUUUUUGGAAUUUGUGUUGAAAGGUGCUCAGGAGAUGACUCAUGCCCCGAAGAAAUGAAGUGCUGCAGCAAUGGGUGUGGUCAUGUCUGCAAAUCUCCUGUCUUUAAGGCAGAGGUGGGAAAGAUGUCUGAGUGGAGAACAACCAGCAGAAUGCUUAAGACUGCCGACAGCCCUUGAAAGAUGGAUUCUCUAAUUACACGCACGACUGAUGGCCAGGCCCGGAAGAUUUCUUCUGAAUCCAUGGAGGGUGAUCUUGGCUACUCCCUGCUCUAGAACUGCAUCCUUGGAAGAUGAAGAGCUAUCACGUGGCCACCACUUCCUCACAUGCUUGUGUCUAAAAUAAACUCUC